AUGCAAAGCUCGGCGAUUGUAACCGACGUUGACGUCUGUCUGGACAUUUUUGGACAGCAACCAAGACUCAAUAUACACACUCAGAUAUGCCUCUGCUUUCCACUACCCGAUGCCUUCGCGCAAUCCAGGGUCAUUAGUACGUUGAGAUCUGGCCUCGAGCGCCUCACAGCUAGCUUUCCAUGGGUAGCAGGUCAGGUCAUUGGCGAAGGCUCAGGCGAUGGAAAUACUGGUGUCUUCAAGAUCAAGGCAUUAGGGAACAUACCGCGUUUGGUGGUCAAGGACCUCAGAAAUGACCCCUUGGCUCCGACAAUGCAGGCCCUCAGACAAGCCAAUUUCCCAAUGAAAAAGUUGGAUGAGUCCGUUAUCGCACCUCGAAACACCUUUCCCGGAACGGAUGUAGCAGAAGAAACCGAGUCAAAUUCGCCAGUGUUCCUUUUACAGGCAAAUUUCAUCGUCGGCGGUUUAGUGCUCACGUUCCUCGGUCCUGAGCUUGCAUCUCAUCUCGUCAAACCAAUACCAGGCACUGGCGGGAGCACCCAAACUCCUGUAGCACCGCCUCCGAGAUGCGUCUGGGCUAGUUUUGUCUUGUCUCCUGCAUCCCUCGCAGCUCUGAAGUCAAUCGCUCUCGAAACGCGCUCGCCCGGUUCCAGCUACGUUUCUACUGAUGACGCUCUCAGCGCAUUUGUUUGGCAAAGCAUCAUGCGCGCACGCCUCGCCCGCUUACCACCAACCACAGAAGCGACCUUUGCGCGCGCCGUCGACGUGCGGCGCUAUGUCGACGUACCAGCCACGUACACAGGCAUAGUGCAGAACAUGACGUACACGACGUAUCAGCUGCGGAAGCUCGUCGCGCUGCCCCUGGGGGAGAUAGCAUCCGCGUUGCGCGUCGCUCUGGAUCUUAAGACCACGAUUCUGCCCUUCCACACGCGCGCCUUGGCUACAUACUUGCACUCCCAGGCCGACAAGUCGAUGGUCUCUCCUGCUUCCUCGAUAGAUUUAUCAGUCGAUGUUAUGCUGAGCUCAUGGGCCAAGACUGAUUGCUAUAGCUUGAACUUUAAUCUGGGGCUCGGCUUCCCGGAGGCGGUGAGGCGGCCACGGUUCGCGCCGCUCCAGAGUUUUGUGUAUUUUAUGCCGCGGGCGUGUGACGGCGAGAUCGCGGUGGCAAUGUGUCUACGAGAAGAGGAUAUGGAGCAGUUAAGGGUCGAUGAGGAGUUUGUGAAGUAUGCGAGGCACGAUGGGUGAUGCACUAAUAGCAGUGAAUUUGGCGACCAUUAGCCCAUGUCAGAAUUCGCGA